UGCUGAUAGCUGUUCGUCUAUCGGACCUCGUUGUUAUCAAUAUAUCCAUUGGAUUGUUAUUAUUAUUAUUUAAUGUUUAUGACAAUACGACCAUGAGUAUGAGAUAACAAUAUAUUUUUUUUACCAUCAUAACGUGUUAUAUUCCAUUCUACGCAUUACGCACUAUAAUAAUAUUGUACUCGGCGUCUCAGCUUACAUGCCGUCUAUACUUGAUGAUCAGUCGUCAGUGAGUGCCGAGUUGUCUGAGACACGGGUAGUUACCGAGAGGAACAUCGGACGAAACGUAAUUUAAAAACUCUUUUUUGUGACAGUAGGUUAUAAUUAUCGCGAGUAUUGAUUGAGAAUAUUGUUGUCUAAAAAUGUCUGGUUCGCUAUCCGCCGUUAUUUCGGCCAAGCCAGACGUGCCAUAGGGUAUAGAUACGCUUGAUAAGAGACAUGAACAACGGUGACGACGAGCUGCACCGACCUGGCACAAGCAGAGGAGUGCUGUCUGAUCGGAAAGAAUCGUCCAGAUUAAAUAACAACGUAGCGCACAGCCAUGAAGAUCCCGAUACUGAAAGUUGUCUUGAUUGUGAUACCCCUGAACAACACGACCAUAUGAUAGCUGCUAGUUUAGUACGUUGUGACCAGGAAGAUAGUGAUUCGGAUAACGAUUCUUGUAUUUACACUUAUCGUGGUGAUCGGCAAGAGCCGGCAAUUGAAAACUUACCCAUGGAUGAUAGAAGUGCAUCACCUUUAAUGGAUUACUUAGAAAUGGACUUUGAACCUGAACCAACGGUUAAUAAUGUAUCUGAAGAUGAAGAAAUUACUGAGCCAAUGGCUAAUAAUGCAAAUGAUGCAAUGCUGUUAUUAAAAGACCUAAUAGCUUCUGCAAAUCCUAAUUUACGAGAAAACCAUCUGAAUGUUAGAAAUAAUGGAACACGUGAACCUAUUAUCAUUCCUAACCAAGUCCCUCGAUUGUCAUUUUCAAGUUCAAAUGUACCCGUUCUACAUUUCAGGACUACUAAUCUCCCUGUUUGUAAAGAAGACCGUAAUAGAUGUAUGCGACGUAAUUCUGAUACAACGGAGGUAUGUCAAAAAAUGAAAAAAAUGCGUGUUGAUGAUUUAACUUGGAUUAAAGAAAUGAUAUGGUCAGAAAAAGAGGCAGCUCAGUUUCAAGUAAACCAAAUUGGUGUAUCAGCAUGUGGGGCAACUGCAGUUGUAAAUACUUUGUUGGCUCUGAGGACACAAUUCAAUUUAGACCGUAUAGUUCAAAUUAUUGGCACUCGUUUACGUGAUGAGACAGCUCCACUUGUUCCCUAUUUAGAAUCACGGGCUGUGGCUGGUUGCAUGCCCCAAGAUUUGGUUAGAACAUUGGAAACCGUAACAGAUUCACAUGUCAGUGCUAGGUUCUUUGCUACUCAUCAAUAUUUGGAUUUACAACUCGCCCCAUGGCUUGCCACUUGGAUAAAAAAAGGCGCUGUUCCCAUAUUGACAUUAAAUCUCCAACGUGUAGAUGCUUCUUCACCUUCUCUUGUGCCAGAUAGUUGGCACCAUCAAAUGGUGUAUGGAGUAUCAUACAAUCCCUUACGUCCAGAAUUUGCUCAAAUUUACUUAACGAAUCCACUGAGCAUUUCAAGCUUGGAGUCGUUAGUUCCACAGUUAAUUUCUCCAUCUUCAUUGAUGAUUAAAAGAGCUGAUAUAUUAUCCAGGUGGACCCCUCAAACAGAUCUCAUGUCUUUGGCCACACAUCCUUGCCGACUAUGGCAUAGGUUUAAUGUGUUAGGGCAAGUAGUAAAUCUUUUACGCGAAGAAAAAGAAAAUGUCAAAUUCACUGAUCAUAUUGUCAUACCGGCCAACUAUAAGAGUGGUAUAACUUUAGCAAUGAAAACAUCAUCAAAUUUUUGCCAUGAAUUGAAAUCUGUGCCAGAACUAUAGAUAGGUACCUUUAAAUAGGUAUUUAUUUAUUAUGUUAAUAAUUUUAUUUGUAUUAUGUGUUUUAUUGUGUAACCUAUAUUUGAAAAUAACAUUUCAUAAAAAUGUUAAGUUAAAUAAUAUUUUUUGACCCAAUCAAAGUUACCAACAUAAAAAAAUAUUAGAGUAAUAUUAUAUUUUAUGUUAUAAAAAUAGUGUGGUUAACUAAGAUUGACAGAAAAAACAUCAAUUUUGAUUUCUGACAUUUAAAUGUAAACAAACAGAAUUUAAUCCUUUCAAGUAUAAACAUAUUAAUAUUUAUUAUUUAUUAAUGAACUGAAAGUAAAGUGUUACAAAUAUAGCAUUAAAUUACAAUGUAUAUAAAAUAUAUAUUGUAUGCUACUUUUUGAUAAAAUAUAUAUAUUUAGAUUA